AAACCUUAAAAGUUAAAACCCAAACCCUCGCGAAUUGAGGUGACUAUCACUUUCCCUCUUUUCUUUCUCUCUCAUCUCUGAACCCAAAUUCGAGGAUGGCGGAAGACGCUCCUGCAUCGGAAACCUCCGUCACAAUGCCUCAUCCGGCGGAACCGGUGGCUGUCGACGGAACCCUAAACUCUGAGGAGAACGACAAGAGUGGAGUCACCGUCGACACCGCCGCGCAAGGCGGCGAAGAGUUGGCAUCGAACGCUGGAACUUCCGGUGAGGCGUCCGGUAGCGAUCCUCAGAAGUCUCUGGAGUUGGCGAAUGAGCUAAUGGAGAAGGGAAACAAGGCAAUGAAGGAGAACGAUUUUGGAGAAGCAGCUGAUAACUUUAGCCGUGCUCUCGAAAUCAGGGUUGCCCAUUAUGGUGAACUUGCUCCCGAGUGUGUCCACACGUACUACAGAUAUGGGUGUGCACUUCUGUACAAGGCUCAGGAGGAAGCUGAUCCUUUGGCGGAUGUGCCCAAGAAGGAUGAUGGAUCUCAACAUGGGUCCAACAAAGAUGGGUCUGUGAAGAGUGCUGUGAAUGCUGAAUCUUCCACUGCAUUUUUUCCAAGCAAUGCUGAGCAGGAUGUGUCUUCGAAUGACCAGGGUACAGCAGUAGAAGAUGAGUCCACUAAGAACGACCAGGAAGAAGAUGAUGAGGAUAGUGAUGCUGAAGACUUAGCAGAAGGUGAUGAAGAUGAGACUGACCUGGACCUGGCAUGGAAAAUGCUUGAUAUUGCUAGAGCCAUUGUUGAAAAGCAAUCUGUCAAUACAAUAGAACAAGUGGACAUAUUAUCAACACUGGCAGAUGUUGCAUUGGAAAGAGAGGAUUUUGAAACUUCCCUCUCGGAUUACCAAAAGGCACUAUCCAUCUUAGAACAGCUGGUUGAACAAGAUGAUAGAAAAAUUGCUGAUUUAAAUUUCCGCAUAUGCUUGUGUUUGGAGGUUAGUUCUAAGCCUCAAGAAGCAAUUGCUUAUUGUGAGAAGGCUACAUCUGUUUGUAAGGCACGGUUACAUCGUCUCACAAAUGAAGUAAAGAGUUGUUCAGAUUUGACAUCUGCUUCUGAGUUAGCUCUGGAUGUAAAAACGUGCCCUGGAUCUGAGUCUAAUAACUCAGUUGCGGAUAAACAAGCAGAGAUUGAAACGCUCAAAGGUCUAUCAAGUGAGCUGGAAAAGAAGCUUGAAGAUCUGCAACAGUUAGUCUCGAACCCAAAGUCAAUUCUCUCUGAGAUCCUAGGAAUAGCAGCUGCCAAGGCAGGUAGUGUGAAGGAACCACCUCCUGGAAAAGUGACUUCCUCACAGUUGGCUACUGCCAACAGCAGUGGAGGUUUUGACUCUCCAACCAUUUCAACUGCCCACACCAACGGAUCUGGUGGAGUCACACACCUUGGGGUGGUAGGAAGAGGAGUUAAGCGAGCAUCAAAUGCCAGUGCAGCAGAAGGAAGCGCGCAAAAGAAACCAGCAUUAGAAUCCACUGAAGACAAAGGUGAUGGCAACGCAUGCUGAUGUAGUAGGCCUUGGUUCGUAUGUAUGGUGUGUUUAAUUUGAACUUUGAAUGCUACCAUACAGUUUGGUGACACUUCGAAGUAUUGAUAAGGACAUUUUAAGGGGAUUGAAUGUUUUCAGGGAAAGUGUUAUGCCAUAUAUUCAUUUUUCUCGUUGA